AUGGAGGUUCUUCUGGCCGUGACGAAAGGGCUCCGUGCGCCCGCUGCGCUGCACCGCGCCCCUCUGCGCUGCCGCGCCACCCCGCCGGAGGGCCCCGAGGGCAGCAACGCGCCCGCGCCUGCUGCCCCGGACACCGCGGACGCUGUGCCGGACAUCGGCUUCGAUGACGACGCGCUCGAAGCCAUGGGCCUGACGGACCUCGCGAGCGACGGCGCGGGCGCCGCGAAGGUCCGGCCGUGGCGGUGGGAGGAGACGACGGACGCGGCGGUAGCGACGUCGCUGCUCUGCGGCAUCCUCGCGGUCGGCGCGACGCCGCUCGGGACGAGCGCGGCGGUCAACGACCUGUUCUACUUCAUGGGCCUCGCGCUGUGCACGAUCUACAUCGGCGCGCACCGCGGUCUGACCAACCGCGCGCGUCAGAACAUCUCUCUCAAACAAGGGGCGCUCGCGCCGGUGUUCGCGUCCGUGGCGCUCUUCGGCAUGUACCUGUUCGUGAAGUUUUUGCCGGAUCUGGACCUGAAGACGGUCGUGAACGCGUACUUCUGGCUCCUCGGGACGCUCGCGAUCGCCGGCGUGGCGCAGGGUCCCCUCGCCACGCUGGCGGGCCCCCUGGGCGAGAAGUCGAUCAAGUUCGACGUGCCGAAGGGCUGGCUCAUCGACGAGGAGGGCGAGCCCGUCACCAAGGGCGAGAUCGCCCCGACCGACCUCGCCAUCCUCCCCCUCGCCAUGGCCCUGGCCACGCUCGACGCCAACGCCAACCACCAGAUCUACACGCUGAACAACUUCAUCGCGUGCUGCAUCGCGACGGACGUCCUGCAGCUCAUCGGCCUCAAGAGCUUCCGCACCGCCGCGGUGCUCUUCGUCGGGAUGCUCUGCUACGACGUGUUUUGGGUCUUUGGCAGCGGGGGGGUCACGCAGACGGUCACGGGGAACGACGAGAGCGUCAUGGUCGCGGUCGCGACGAGCGACCUCAUCACCGGCCCGAUCAAGCUCGAGUUCCCGCGCUUCGGCGCCAUCCCUGGUGACUAUCCUUGGUCUAUUUUGGGACUAGGGGAUAUUGCGAUCCCGGGCCUGCUCGCGUGCCUCGCGCUGCGGUACGACGCGACGCGGACCGUGCCGAUGGGCGGCCGCGCGCGCGCCGCGGCGGAGGCGUUCCGCGACGUGGGGUCCACUUUGGACCUCAACGUGCAAGACAGCACGGAGGUGGCGACGCGGAUGUGCGACGCGGCGCAGGACGCGUACGACAAGGAGGCGGACGCGGACGACGCGCGCCGGGAGUGGAACAUGGGCAACGUCGAGGGCGACGGCGACGGCCGCAACAACGCUGCGUUCGAGGCGCCGAUCGAGGUGAUGCUGAACCGGAACUACUUUUGGCCGGUGAUGGGUGCGUACGGCGUGGGGCUGUUCGUCGCGUUCGCCGCGAACGCCAUCACGAAGAUGGGCCAGCCCGCGCUGCUGUACCUGUGUCCGCUGACGCUCGCGGCGGUGGCCGGCACGGCGGUGAACCGGGGGGAGUUCGACAGGGUGUGGAAGUAUGAAGACAAGUCCCGCAGCGUGAUGGAGGUCGCGGAGGAGAAGCGGAGAGCCGAGGAGGCCGCGCGGCGGGCGGAGAAGGGGGAGGACGACGCGGGGUUCAAGUGGCCGUGGCAGAAGUAG